GGCCCAGCGGCCCGCGUACCGCCUGGCUCAGAUGUGCCGGGCGGCCGGGGACCCCGCCUGCCGCAAGGAGGCGGGACGGCCAGUGUUCCAACUUGCGUCUGCCCGCCCGCGGGGCCGGGGGGCGGGGCCUGGCCGGGCGGGCCGGAGGGGGCGGGGCCUCUCCGCGUGCACUCUCGGAAGAGCCACCCCGCCAACGCUCAGACCCGGGAAAGCCGUCAUCGCUGCCGCUACCGCCUCCUCAGUCAUGCCGAAGCACGAGUUCUCCGUGGACAUGGCCUGUGAAGGCUGCUCUAAUGCGGUCACUCGGGUCCUCAACAAGCUGGGAGGAGUUCAGUUUGACAUUGACCUGCCCAACAAGAAGGUUUGCAUCGACUCUGAGCACAGCGUGGACACUCUGCUGGAGACCCUGGGGAAAACAGGAAAGGCCGUUUCCUACCUCGGCCCCAAGUAGCAAGGGCCUGGGCCCCUGGCCCGCAGGAUGGACCAAAGCGGGCAGGCCUGACCCUCUCCUGCCUUCCAGACAGACCUGGGGCCUGGCAGUCCUGCUCAGUGACCGGAGUUCCUGCAGAGACCCUCACUCGCCCUCCUCCUCCCUAGCUUCCCUGCAAUAAAGUCGAGCUGCUUUCAUUGGA